UGGCGCCCAUCGGAUGUGUGUUACCCUUCUAUGUCAUAUGUUACGUAUGGCUGCCAUGAUGCUAUAGAGUGCCCGCCACUGCCUCAACACGGCGAGCCAACCAAAUGGCACGCCUACAACGGCCACUGUUACGGAUCUCACACGCAACACUUGCCCUACCCUGAGAGUGAGAGAAUAUGUAAGACGUAUCCAGGUGGUCAUCUGUUCUCACUUUAUUGGGAGGAGGAGUUUAUGGAACUGAGGCAGAAUGAUGUGUUGUAUGGUGUCGGUUAUGGUGACAGACUCGGGAUACGGUUCAACCCUUCGAACAGGGAAUACACAUACGCCGACGGCCACUUGAUUCUCUUCCAUGACUGGAUAUUCACCGGCCUGACUGGCUACUUGCUGAGCCCAGGGUACGGCAAAGGGACUUGUUUCUACAGACCGCGAGAGGUGACCAAGGGUGUGCAGAUGGAAAUGUGCGCCGACCCAAAUGUUUUCAUUUGUAAAGUUCCCAAUCAAGCAUGCAUCAACCCAGUAGGCCUGCAAGAUCCAAACCUUGUCCCAAACACCGCCAUUACAGCCUCGACCUACGUGGACGACGCGCAUGCGCCUCAGUUUGCUCGCCUGAAUGGCCAAUCAGCGUGGUGCGCACGCAGCGCGGGAAAAUCGGUGGACUCGGUUGAUUUCCUGCAAAUCGACCUUGGACAUCUUUCACGUCUCUUUGGCGUGAUGACACAGGGUUUGGGCAGUUACUGGGUGACCAAAUACCAGGUCCACGCCUCCAUUGAUAUGACAACUUGGCAACCGAUCAGAUACCAAUGGGGUGAUCGGGAUUUUCCCGGCAACAGGGACGGCUCGAUCAUCUUGACGAACUACUUCCGAUGGAUUACUUUGGGGCGUUACGUUAGAAUAGUUGUUAAAGGAUGGCAAGGCAUGCCAUCAUUGAGAGCGGAACUACUGGCCUGUAGAGUCGAUGGUGGUUGGUCACAAUGGAAUCAGUGGGGUCCCUGCUCUUCAUCUUGUGGCAGAGGAAGACAGCAGCGGUCAAGGUCAUGCAGUAAUCCACCAGCGCUGUAUGGAGGGACUAUUUGCAAAGGUGUGGCAGUUGAAGACAGGACAUGUUCACCACAACCUUGCCCAGUGAAUGGUAUGUGGAGUAGCUGGAGUCCGUGGGGACCGUGUUCAGCGUUUUGCGGUGAAGGGAACCGCACUCGGACAAGGCGAUGUGACGACCCUGGACCCGCUCACAGCGGCCAUGCAUGCCGCGGCCAGAGGAGUGAACAGGAGAAGUGCAUCAGGAGUAACUGUCUCGAAGGUGUGCCAUCUUGUCCUUUUCUUCUGUCAGCCGUUUUCCUCUUUUAUAUAACAGUGAACUUGUCGAGCAUUUCACAGGAUGCUUCAAGGAAAACCUGA